AUUCUACUUCUUAGAGGUCUCUUAUUAAGUGGCAUCCUCGCUUUUGCAUUCGGGCAAAAACGUUGGAGAGUCGACUAUAGCACAGAUCCUAAUCGCGAAACCAAAACCCGACUUACUGUGCCGUUUCGAGCUAAAGACAGCCCCUCACCACGGUCGGAAUUCAGUCAUCUAAAUAUAGUUAUUAUACUCACAUAUCUAAGCUACUAUUACAAAGGUCUCUAG